UGUUCUUGAAUCAAACAAAUGGGCAGAAAGUUACCACCUCCCCCACCUCCGCCGGGGGUAAACGGUAAUCGUCAAUCUCAGCGUCCUUCGGUUCCACCACCUCCACCAGGUUUACAAUCGAGAAGAGCUCAAGCACCACCGCCACCGCCACCUCCAUCGCAUCAUAACAAUGGAAGACAUAGAUCAUCUCAAGCACCACCUCCACCACCCUCAACGAAUAGGUUGACCUCUCCUAAGAAAAAAAGAACUAAAACAAGUAAUUUGGAUGAAACCAGCUUGCAGACAAAGAAGAGUAUGUGGCUUCAGUUACAGAAAAAGAGAUACUCGACUUCCAGCUUAAAGUCAAGUAAAGGAGGAAUUUCUCAACCAAGAAAGGCUGAAAUGCCGCCAGAACAUCUCAGAAAGAUUAUGUUAGAUCAUGGCGAUUUAUCUUCAAAAAAAGUUGCAUCCGACAAAAGAUCUCAUCUAGGGUCAUUGAAAUAUAUGCCCCACGCCAUUUUAAAACUUUUAGAAAAUAUGCCACAACCUUGGGAAAACUCGAAAGAAGUGAAGGUUUUAUACCAUAUAACUGGAGCGAUAACUUUUGUUAACGAAAUACCGAGAGUAAUUGAGCCAGUUUAUACUGCUCAAUGGGCUACUGCAUGGAUUAUGAUGAGAAGAGAGAAAAGAGAUAGAAGGCAUUUUAAGAGAAUGAGAUUUCCUCCUUUUGAUGAUGAAGAACCGCCAAUCGACUGGAUAGAAAAUAUCGAAGAUGUAGAACCUCCUGAAGGUAUACAGUUAGACUUACAUGAAAAAAAUGAUAAAUUUGUGAUAGACUGGUUCUAUGAUGAAAAACCUUUAAUCGAAAAUUUAGAAGUUGUUAACGGCCCCAGCUAUAAGACAUGGGCAAUAGAUCUUUCUACCAUGGCUAAUUUAUAUAAAUUGGCUCAACCAUUAUUAUCUAACAUCAAUGAUCCUAACUACUUCUACUUAUUCAAUAAGGAAGCUUUUUUUUCAGCCAAGAGUUUGAAUAUAUCUGUACCAGGCGGACCAAAAUUUGAGCCGUUGUUCAAGGAUAAAAUCAAUAAUCCUGAGCUAGAAGACUUCACUGAAUUUAAUUCCAUCGAUCGCAUCAUUUUCAGAAUCCCUAUAAGAACUGAAUAUAAAAUUGCAUUCCCUUAUUUAUAUAAUUCUUUUGUUAAAAAUGUUUAUUUGACAAAUUACCACGAACCUUUCAACUGUUCUGUCGUGAAUAAAGUUGAUGACCAGAACAAGCCAGCAUUUUCUUUCCAUGAUCUGCUAAAUCCAAUCUUUCCACACAAAUCUUCAAAGUCUAAUAGAGACUUCAGUGAUAUCGAUUUCAAUCUUGAUCUCCCUGAUUCGUUCGAACCACUUCUUGCUUCAAAGGAAGUUGAAAAUGAUGGUCAAUUUGAAAUUGUUGACGUUCCACUAGAACCUGAUACUACGAAAUCGGCCCUCGAUUUAUGGCAUUCCCCAUACCCUUUCAAUCGCCGUAGUGGAAGAACAGUGAGGGCACAAGAUGUGGCACUUGUCAAAUCUUGGUAUAAAGAGCAUUCUCCUAGAAAGGCACCCAUCAAAGUCCGUGUUUCGUAUCAGAAAUUAUUGAAAAAUUAUGUUUUGAAUGAGCUACACAAUCCCUCUGGAAGCAAAAGUGGGUCCAAAAUGAGUAAUCAAAGAAAGAUUAAGUUAUUGAAGAGCUUGAAAAAUACAAAAUACUUCCAACAAACAAGUGUAGAUUGGGUUGAGGCUGCACUUCAAGUAUGCCGUCAAGGUUUUAAUAUGUUGAAUUUAUUGAUCCAUAAACGUGGUCUCACUUAUUUGCAUUUAGAUUAUAACUUCAACUUAAAACCAACGAAAACAUUGACAACCAAAGAAAGAAAGAAAUCCAGGUUUGGUAAUGCAUUUCAUCUAAUUAGAGAACUUUUGAGAAUGGUGAAGAUUAUAGUUGAUUCACAUGUCCAAUUUAGACUCGGAAACGUUGACGCCUACCAAUUGGCAGAUGGUAUCUAUUAUAUUUUGAACCAUUUAGGUCAAUUGACUGGUAUAUACCGGUACAAAUAUAAAGUAAUGCACCAAAUAAGAGCUUGCAAGGAUCUCAAACAUGUUGUAUAUGAAAAGUUCAAUUCUGUUAUUGGUAAGGGUCCAGGAUGUGGGUUCUGGCAGCCAGCAUGGAGAGUAUGGCUAAAUUUUAUGAGAGGUAUUAUACCUUUGCUCGAAAGGUGGUUGGGUAACUUAUUAGCAAGACAGUUUGAAGGUAGACGUGCUAAUGACGUUGCCAAAACCAUAACCAAACAAAGAGUUGAUGCAUAUUAUGAUAUUGAGCUUCGUGCACAAGUCAUGCAUGAUAUCUUAGAUAUGAUACCAGAAAACUUGAAGCAAAGCAAAUCUAGAACAAUAUUACAACAUCUCAGUGAAGCUUGGAGGUGCUGGAAAGCUAAUAUACCUUGGAAGGUACCUGGUAUGCCCGUUCCAAUAGAAAAAAUAAUUGAACGUUAUAUCAAGGCCAAAGCUGAUGGAUGGAUUUCUGUUGCCCAUUACAACAGAGAUCGAAUUAGAAGAGGUGCUACUGUUGAAAAGACUGUUGCUAAGAAAAACUUAGGUAGACUCACUAGAUUAUGGAUUAAAAAUGAACAAGACCGUCAAACGAAUUUCGCUAAAGAUGGCCCAUAUACGACUCCAGAUCAAGCAGUAAAAAUUUUCCAAACCAUGGUACAUUGGUUAGAAAGCAGAAAGUUCAGCCCCAUUCCAUUCCCCCCUUUAUCGUACAAACAUGAUACCAAAUUAUUAGUUUUAGCCUUAGAGAAUUUGAAAGAAAGUUAUAAUGCAAAUGCUAGUAUGAAUUCAUCCCAGAGAGAAGAAUUAGCUCUCAUAGAACAAGCUUAUGAUAAUCCUCAUGAAUGCCUUGCCAGAAUCAAGAAAUUUUUAUUAACCCAAAGAAUUUUCAAAGAAGUAGGACUAGAAAUGAUGGAUUACUAUGACCAUUUGGUUCCAACUUAUGCCAUAGAUCCUCUUGAGAAAAUUACUGAUACUUAUUUAGAUCAAUAUUUAUGGUAUGAAGCACAAAAAAGACAACUUUUCCCUAACUGGGUCAAACCAAGUGAUGACGAAAUUCCGCCUUUGUUAACCUAUAAAUGGUGUCAAGGUAUCAACAAUUUGGAAAACGUAUGGGAAACAGACGAAGGUGAAAGUAAUGUCAUGCUCGAGACAUCGUUAAGCAAAUUUGCGGAAAAUAUUGACCUCACAUUAUUAAAUAGGUUGUUAAGGUUAAUUGUCGAUCCCAACAUUGCUGACUAUAUUACUUCUAAGAAUAACGUAAAUUUGGCUUAUAAAGAUAUGAACCAUACCAACCAAUUCGGUCUCAUCCGUGGUUUACAAUUUGCAUCCUUUGUUUAUCAAUACUAUGGGUUAGUAAUUGAUUUAUUGAUCUUAGGUUUAGAUAGAGCCAAUGAGAUUGCAGGUUCACCCCAACAACCAAAUAACUUCCUUCAAUUCAAAAAUAAAGAGACAGAAAUAUCGAGUCCAAUUAGACUAUACUCUCGUUAUAUGGAUAAGAUUCAUAUUUUUUUCCGUUUUGAUAGCGAAGAAGCAAAUGGCUUAAUUCAGGAUUAUCUUUCUGAGAACCCUGACCCUAAUUUUGAAAAUGUUGUGGGUUAUAAUAAUAAGCGCUGUUGGCCAAAAGACUCUAGGAUGAGGUUAAUGCGCCAUGAUGUGAAUCUUGGUAGAGCUGUUUUCUGGGAAAUUUCGGGUCGUAUUCCAAAAUCUAUUACUACCAUUGAAUGGGAUGAAAGUUUUGCAUCUGUCUAUUCAAAUGAGAAUCCGAAUUUGCUUUUUGCAAUGUGUGGUUUCGAGGUCAGAAUUCUUCCGAAGUCUCGAAUGCAAGAAGUUAAGUCUUCUCAAGAAGGUGUUUGGGAUUUGAUAGAUCAAAACACAAAAGAAAGAACCGCAAAGGCUUACUUACAGGUUAGCCCUCAAGCGGUUGAUAGUUUUAAUAAUAGAAUUCGUCAAAUCUUAAUGUCUUCUGGCUCGACAACCUUCACUAAAGUUGCAUCGAAAUGGAACACCGCUUUGAUCGCUCUCUUUGCUUACUAUAGAGAAGCUGUUGUCUCUACAGAGUCAUUACUUAGUGUCUUGGUAAAAUGUGAAACUAAAAUUCAAAAUAGAGUUAAAAUGGGUCUCAAUUCUAAGAUGCCUUCUAGGUUUCCGCCUGCUGUAUUCUAUACCCCCAAGGAACUAGGUGGACUUGGAAUGCUUAGUGCCUCUCAUAUUUUGAUUCCAGCUUCUGAUUUAAGAUGGUCAAAACAGACCGAUACCGGUAUCACUCAUUUCAGGGCAGGUAUGACCCAUAUGGAAGAAAAAAUGAUACCGACUAUCUUCAGAUACAUCACCACCUGGGAGAACGAAUUCUUAGACUCCCAAAGGGUAUGGGCUGAAUACGCAAUCAAAAGGCAAGAGGCUGCCGAACAAAAUAGAAGAAUCACGUUCGAGGAUAUGGAGAGUAACUGGGACCGUGGUUUGCCACGUAUAAGUACUCUUUUCCAAAAAGACAGACACACAUUGGCUUAUGAUAAGGGCCAUAGAAUUCGUAGGGUUUUCAAACAAUAUUCUUUACCUCGGUUCAAUCCUUUCUGGUGGACUAGUAAUCACCACGAUGGUAAAUUAUGGAAUCUAAAUGCUUAUCGUGCCGAUGUUAUCCAAGCUUUAGGUGGUAUUGAAACAAUUCUAGAACACACAUUAUUCAAAGGAACUGGUUUUGAUUCUUGGGAAGGUCUUUUUUGGGAGAAGGCAUCAGGUUUUGAAGAUUCCUUGAAAUUCAAGAAAUUGACUAAUGCCCAAAGAUCCGGUUUAAGUCAAAUUCCUAAUAGAAGAUUCACUUUAUGGUGGUCACCAACUAUUAAUCGUGCAAAUGUUUAUGUUGGUUUUUUGGUUCAAUUAGAUUUGACAGGUAUAUUCUUGCAUGGUAAAAUCCCAACUUUGAAAAUAUCUUUGAUUCAAAUUUUCCGUGCUCAUUUAUGGCAGAAGAUACAUGAAAGUCUUGUGCAAGAUAUUUGUCAAGUCUUAGACAAGGAAUUAGAAGUUUUACAAAUCGACAAUGUGGAGAAACAAGCAAUUCAUCCUCGUAAAUCGUAUAAAAUGAAUUCAUCCUGUGCGGAUAUUGUUUUACAGAGCACUUACAAGUGGAAUGUCUCUAGACCUUCACUUUUAAAUGACACAAAUGACUCUCUUGAUGCGGCCACAACAAACAAGUUUUGGAUUGAUGUUCAGUUAAGAUAUGGUGAUUAUGACUCUCAUGAUAUUUCAAGAUAUACUCGAGCUAAGUUUUUGGACUAUACAACUGAUGGUACUAGCACUUAUCCUUCACCAACUGGUGCAAUGGUUGGUGUCGACUUAGCAUACAAUAUGUAUGACAUAUAUGGUAGUUGGUUUUCAGGGCUCAAGCCAUUGAUGCAGAAUGCAAUGAAAGAAAUCAUGAAGUCAAAUCCCGCAUUAUAUGUCUUGCGUGAACGUAUUAGAAAGGGUCUUCAACUAUAUCAAUCUCAACCACAGGAGGCGUUUUUGAAUGCCAACAAUUAUGCUGAACUAUUUAAUAAUGAAACCCAGCUAUUUAUUGAUGAUACUAAUGUUUAUCGUGUGACUGUUCAUAAAACUUUUGAAGGUAAUCUCACUACAAAACCAAUUAAUGGGUCUGUGUUCAUUUUGAAUCCUAAAACAGGGCAAUUAUUCUUGAAGAUUAUUCAUACAUCAGUAUGGGCUGGUCAAAAACGUUUGGGUCAAUUAGCUAAAUGGAAGACAGCAGAAGAAGUUGCAGCAUUGGUAAGAUCAUUACCUAGGGAAGAACAACCAAAGCAAUUAAUUGUAACCAGAAAAGGUAUGUUGGAUCCCUUGGAAGUUCACAUGCUAGAUUUUCCUAAUAUCUCUAUAAGGCCUUCCGAGCUUCACUUGCCCUUUGGUGCUGCUAUGAAAAUAGAUAAAUUAGCUGAUAUUGUAUUAAAGGCAAAUGAACCCCAAAUGGUUUUGUUCAAUAUGUAUGAUGACUGGUUGAAAACGAUUUCCUCCUAUACAGCAUUUUCAAGAGUCAUUCUUUUGCUUAGGGCUCUCAGUAUUAACCAAGAGAGAACGAACUUGAUCUUACGUCCCGAUGCAAGCGUUGUUACCCAGGAUCAUCAUAUAUGGCCUACUUUCAGUGAUGAACAAUGGAUUGACAUAGAAACACAAUUGCGUGAUCUUAUUCUUUCUGAUUAUUCGAAGAAGCAUAAUGUCAAUAUUCAAUCUCUUACGCAAUCAGAAAUUAGAGAUUUGAUUUUGGGCCAAGAUGUCAGAAAGCCUUCAGUAAAGAGACAAGAAUUGACUGAUGUCGAAGAAAAGCCUGAAGCCAGUGACAAUCAACAAUUAACAGCUUUGAAAAGUACAACGCAAAAUGUACACGGUGAAGAGAUAGUGACUGUCACAACUACAAAUUAUGAACAACUGUCGUUCGUCUCGAAAAAUGAAUGGAGAAACCGAUUGAUUGCUUCUAAUAAUUUGCACUUACGUACCAAAAAUAUUUACGUUUCAUCUGAUGACUUUGUUGAUGACGAAAGUUUCACUUAUAUUAUGCCAAAGAAUCUAUUGAAAAAAUUUGUUCAAAUUUCGGACUUACGUACUCAAGUUGGUGCUUUUAUAUAUGGAUCUUCUCCUUCGGAUAAUGAUGAAAUCAAAGAAAUCAAAGCCAUUGCUUUGGUUCCACAAUUAGCCAACUCCCACUCUAUACAAUUCCCAACCAAAUUAUAUGAUAAAAAAAAUCAAAAUUAUUUGUCCAGUCUUGAGCUUUUAGGUUGGAUCCAUACCCAAAAUCAAAGCUCAGAUCUGUUAUCUCCUAUUGAUGUUACUUCACUAGCACGAUUGAAGAGUAACAAUGAAUCUGAAUGGACAGAAAAUUUGAUUACUUUGUCUGUUGCGUUCACACCAGGUUCUGUUUCAUUAGCUGCGUUCACCUUAAACCAUGAGGGCUACCAAUGGGGUAUGACCAAUAAAGACGUCAUCUCCGAUGCACCUGCUGGGUUUUCACCCGAGUUUUCCAAGAAGAACCAAUUACUUCUUUCCGAUAGAAUAAUGGGUACAUUUUUAGUUCCUGAUGAUAAUAUUUGGAACUAUUCAUUUAUUGGCCCAGUUUGGGAUCCAAAUGCUGAGUUCGACUUGAAAAUUGAUAUACCGUUACCUUUCUAUCAUGAAUUACAUCGUCCAACCCAUUUCUCUACUUUUAAUGAAAUAGAAGGAAUUGAGGUUGAAGCAGAUAGGGAAGACGUUUUUGCAUAAUCUCUAUUAAAAAUG